AAGCGAGGCGGUCUAACCGGGACGAGAGCGCAGCUUCUAACGUACUUCUGAGGAGACUGAAGUUGCGAAGUGGAGAGAUGCCGGCGACAGUCGCCGCUUCAGUCCGCGAGGCCGGACGGCAGAAGAGAGACUGUUGGAAACCGUUUCUUAACCGCCCGAAGAAGAUAAAUAAACAGGAAUGAUUCCCGGCGAACGCGCGUGAGGCUCAGAGUGCCAAAAUGCUGAGGUUAACUCCGAGUAACGGACGCCGCUGCUUCUGUUUGGACCUCGUCCUGCUUCUCCUCCUCAGCGCCGAAUGUGCCCGCGGCCGAGGAACUACAGGGGAUGCGGCUCCUGAUUCCCCCUCAGUGGGCGGGACUUUACCUCACUUCCUGCAGGAGCCAGAGGAUGCCUACAUCAUAAAAAGCAACCCAAUCAGAUUGCGGUGCCGCGCUGCUCCUGCCCUCCAGAUAUUCUUCAAGUGCAAUGGGGAAUGGGUCCAUCAGAACCAGCACAUGUCCCAGGAGUACUUGGACCAAGACACUGGCCUGAAGGUGCGGGAGGUGAUGAUAAACGUGUCUCGGCAGCAGGUGGAGGACUUCCAUGGUCCCGAGGAUUACUGGUGCCUGUGCGUGGCCUGGAGUCACCUGGGCACCUCCAAGAGUCGCAAAGCCACAGUGCGCAUUGCCUACCUACGCAAGAACUUUGAGCAGGACCCCCAGGGGAAGGAAGUGCCAAUCAAGGGGAUGAUCGUCCUGCACUGCCGGCCCCCGGAGGGCGUCCCCGCCGCAGAGGUGGAAUGGUUAAAGAAUGAAGAGCUGGUGAGCUCGCUGAGCGAUGACAACAUUGACACCCGAGCUGACCACAAUCUAAUCAUUAAUGAAGCCCGGCUGUCUGACUCGGCCAACUACACCUGUCUGGCCAGCAACAUUGUGGCCAAGAGACGCAGUGCUACCGCAACCGUGGUCGUCUUCGUGAAUGGAGGCUGGUCUUUGUGGACUGAGUGGUCCCCUUGCAGCGUGGACUGCGGCAGGGGGGUACAGAAGCGCUCUCGGACCUGCACUAACCCAGCUCCCCUAAACGGAGGGGCGUUCUGUGAGGGAAUGUCCGUGCAGAAGAGCACCUGCAACGCCUUGUGUCCGGUGGAUGGCGGCUGGGAGGAGUGGAGUGAGUGGACGUUGUGUAGCGCCCAGUGUGAGAGGCAGCGAUGGAGGGAGUGUAAUGCCCCAGCCCCUCGCCACCGGGGCAAGAUGUGCGAGGGCGAGAGUCAUGCCAUGGAGAACUGCACUGGUGGCAUAUGCACACAGAAUGGGAAGAUGCUGCAUGAUGUUAAGCCUCAGAGUAUGGACGGCUCUAAUGACGUGGCGCUGUACUCCGGCCUGGCCGCAGGGGUCAUUGCCGUAGCGGUUCUCAUCAUAUCUGUCACGCUGUACCGCAGGAGCCAGAGUGAGUACGGAGUGGACGUCAUCGACUCGUCUGCCCUUGCUGGUGGCUUCCAGACCUUCAACUUCAAAACCGCCAGACAAGGCAACCCUCUGCUUCUGAAUUCCUCCAUGCAGCCCGAGCUAACGGCGGGCCAGACCUACAGUGGCCCCAUCUGCUUCCAGGACUCCAUAGACAAAGAGCUCUUUGACCCCCUGCCCGACAUGAUGGUCAAAGUUCAGAGCUCCUUUAUGGUUUCACUAGGUGUGGCAGACCGGGCCGAGUACCACGUCAAGGCGCACACGGAGGGCUACAGCGCUACCCAGGGACGCAAGCCGAACCUACUGGCUCCCAACGGGCCUCUUGGCCCCUGCAAAGCUCAGCUGAGGAGCAGCGGGGUGUUCGGGCACCUGGGCGGACGCUUGGUCAUGCCUAACACAGGAGUCAGCCUGUUGGUGUCCCAUGGGGCCAUCGCGGAGGACACUUCGUGGGAAAUGUACAUGCUCAUAAAUCAAGCACAGUCCAGUGCCCCCUCGGAAGAGAGGUGUGAGAUCCUUCUGGGUCCGGAGGUCACGUACGGCCCCCCUGGGCUAAGCCUGUCCUCUCCCGUUGCCAUGACGAUAGCCCACUGCGCUGAGGUCAGUGCAGAAAACUGGAACAUUCAGCUCAAGAGACAGACCAAGGACAACAAGUGGGAGGAAGUGAUGUCAGUGGAGGACGAGUCGACUUCCUGCUACUGCCUGCUGGACUCUAAGAGUUGCCACUUGCUUCUGGACGAGCCCGGCUCCUACGCCCUGGUGGGGGAGCCGCUGAACGAGCAUGCUGGUAAAAGGCUGAAGGUGGCCGUGUUUGGCAGCUUGGAGGCCUCUUCCCUGAACUACAGCCUACGAGUGUACUGCGUAGACGACACACCUCAUGCCUUUCAGGGAGUGGUGUCUGCAGAGACCAGCAGAGGAGGUCUGCUCCUGGAGGAACCCAAGACUCUGCUGUUUAAAGGGAACACCUACAGUCUACAAGUCUCCAUCCAGGACCUGCCCCAAUUCCUGUGGAGCAUCAAACCCUUUACCACCUGCCAGGAGUUUUCGUUCUGUCAGGUGUGGAGCAGCAACCAGCAGCCUUUGCACUGUGCCUUUUCUCUGGAGAGGUUCACCACUGCCACCAUGCAGCUCUCCUGCAAGAUCAGCGUGCGCCAGGUCAAAGGUCAUGAGCAGAUCCUGCAGGUCUACACCUCCGUGGCAGAGAGGGAAAAGGAGACGCUCCCCUUCUUCAUGCAGGCGGAUUGCACGGUCACCUCGCAGACGGGUGCCAAAGCCUUCAAAAUCCCCCUGUCCAUUCGGCAGCGGAUCUGCGCCACCUUCGACACUGCCAACGCCAAAGGCAAGGACUGGCAGCUCCUCGCCCAGAAACUCCACAUUCAGAGAAACCUGUCGUACUUUGCCAAGCAGCGCAGCCCGUCUGGGGUCAUCCUCAGCCUGUGGGAGGCCCAACAUCAGGCCAGCGGCGACCUGGACUCACUGGCCAGUGCUCUGGAGGAAAUCAGCAAGAUCCACUCCAAAAGCUUGGCUCAUAGCCCCAGCGAGACGGAACCGGACUUCAACCAGUGACCCUCGUGGAUGCAAACUCAAUCCCUGCACCGGUCAGCUGACGCCAAGAGUGUUUGACUCCUGCACGUCCAGCUUAGAGAGAGAGAGAGAGAGAGAGAGAGAGAGAGAAAGAGAGACAUGAAAAAUCGAGUAAAACAUACAUGAGUGCUGUAUGUGUGUAGGACGUACCGGCUUCUACAUUUGGCCCAGCUUAAAAAGGAGGGAUACCACAAAAAACGCUCGAAGUGAAGGGAGUUGUGCCUCAGCCGCACCUCAUAUAUCUUUGGUAGAUAUCGUGUAGGGGCUCGGGUGCCGUUCAUCUUUAGUUUCUGCUUCGUCAUUAGUCAGCAUCCUCUCUUUUCCGACCAAGCUGUAUGUGUGCGAGUCCAGCGUCCAGCAGCAUGGACCUUUAAAUGCUUCGAUGUGGUGACACUUACUUUGUGGUUUGUUUGCACUAUGAAGCAUUAGAGCAGGGAGGUCAAUGAAGUGCUGCAUUUGAAAGAAGCAUUACCCGUCAUCCUGUCAAGUGAGGAUCUGCUUCUCCUAUAUUUUAAAUUUUUAGAGAGCCAGCCUUUGUAAAUGCUGUAAGGGGGGGCGCUGAUGAAUAAAAUAUGUUAAAGAGUGUUUUUUUUUUUUUGUUAGUUUUUGUUUUUUUUGCUGUUGUUGUUGUUGCCGUCGUUAUCUUCAGAUGCACAAGCUGAAGGAAAAGAAAACACAUGCAUGGCAGUCUUGGGCUUGCGUGAGGGCUUAGCGCUGACUUUAGGAUCGAGGAGGGGCCUCGCUGGCUCAGAAGGCCUGUCAAGACAACAGCACAAAUGUGUUCCUCUCAGAUAACAACAGCAGUAGCUGCGGUUGCCUCUGAACGGAGGACGUUGGCCUGGUGAGUCAGUUGCAGCGAGCUUCUUGACAGUACAGUAAAACCCCCUAUUUUUAAAAAAAAAGAGCCUCAAAUUAUGACAAAUCCCUCCUUUCCUCUGACUGAUACACCACCACCGUGUCCCCAUGUCAAAAUAUGUUAAGCUGUGCCGCCUCUGCCAGCGAGUUAAAGGCAUAAGGUGCCGGCAGUGUCAGUCUGCAGUAAAAGAGGGUCAGUGUAUAGGUGAAAAAGCAGCUGUUAAAAUGACUGGCUCAGCUAAUGCUGCUGCGCGACGCCUUCUGUUCUUCCUGCUGGCUUGCUUUUGAAAACGUCAGAGAAAAGACAAGCCCCCAGAGGAACCUGGGGAGAAUAAAAAGCCUCUUAUCUGCCAUGACCAAACUCGCUCACCCAGCCCCGGACACGUUGGAGAAACAAGGGCCGGUGAGAUGUAAUUAACGUCCAGUGCCGGAAAAAUAGCCGGCUGUCAGAAGUCCAGAGGGAUGCGGCAGCAAGAAAGUUAUGCCCUUCUUUUCCAAAUCAUCUCCUUCAUUAAUCUGCUCCCUCAACGGGGUCUCUCAUUUUGGGUGGUUUUCAGUAGCUCGGCCUCAGCUAAAGAGCAGCCGUGCCCCACCACACACACGCCAACGGUCAUUAGCAGUGAAAGAUUCGUUUGAAUUAUGGUUAAUACCUUUAGACAUUUCAAUGUCCAAGAGGGACAUUUGGAAAUAGGGACUUACGGAGACAGAUUCACUUUCUAAAGGCACAGUUCAGUCAAGGACUGCUAACACGUUUAACAUUUAAUGUAAGAAACUAGCUGGCAUAUUAGCUAGCAUGCUAGCAUAUUAGCUGUUGAGUUGGAGGGGAUUCACACUGCGUUUUUCUGAAGGUGGAAAAAACGUAAGAUGCACUUCACAACCCCUGUUUUCGUUUUCUUGGGGGUUCUGCUUCUGGUUGCACGUCUUCUUGUUGCUAAGCAACAGUAGCGUCAUAACUGCCAAUGAGCUAUGCUACGUAGCUAGCUAUCAUCCUUAUAGACAGUAAUCUGCUGUCAGCUAGCAAGCAUGGUGGUACUAGUAAAAACAAGCUAUACAAAAGAAAAGCCUUUUGAACGACUGAUCAGUGAAAUCAUAUAAUUUAGUUCAGGAUCAGUCUUUAAAGUGGACACUGAAGGCCUGGCUUCCGUUUGAUCUGUCGUAGCUCAUGAUGAAGGCUACUAGGGAUGUGCAUGGGUACUUGACCACUCGGUUGACCAUCCGGUGUUCAAGUGUUCAAACACUGAAAUCACUUUUCGGGCGUUUGGAACGCUUUAUCGCGGGAAAACUGAAAAUAUACAGGCCAACAUUUCUGUGAAACUUUCUGUAUGUAUUUGCAAGCAAGUUUGUUAAGUUGAACUUUGCUGCUGCGCAACGUGAUUGCCUGAAUGUGAACAUGUUACCAAGGACAUGCCGGUAAUGUGGCUGAUUUACUGCUAACUAGGCUAGCUACUCUAGAGCAGAAACAUUAAAAAAUACAUAUUUCUUUGACAAAUAACAUGUUGGAUCAUCGUCCAGCGAGGAGAAAACACGUUGCGAAGAUGACGAGUCCUCCGCUGCAUCCAAUGUGGCACUGGUUAGGUCUGUUAGUUCAUUAGCUCAUCUGAAAGGGCAGCAUCUGUUACUCACCCAAGACGAAAACCUACCGGUUUCCCUCAGCUGUUUUCACAACACCUGUGCUGUCACCUCAGAAAGUCGCUUUGUGUUGACCUUUUUUUCAACUCAGGUCACCUGAAGUGCAUAAAACGUGGUAUCCAGCACAUAAGAAGCAUCUCUUCCAUUGCAAACAACAGAAAAAAAGCACAGUGUGAACUCCCCCAACUUUUUCUGAGCCUUUCUGCCUUUCAUUGGUGAUUUACGAUGCUAACAGCUUUUGAGCAAAGUGUUAUUCUAAAUGGUUUUCCUCCACUGAGUGUAUGAUGCUGAUUGUCGCCGAGAUGUUUUCACCAAGCUGGAAUAAAUAGAGCUCCAUCUUG